AUCCUGGUCGAGUCAUAAGUGGUUGGAUAACACCACUCUACACACAGUUCCUUCAGCGGGAGGAAAUGAGGCGCUGGUGAAAGAAAAGCCGAAGCUAAACCCACGCCGAGCUAAGGAAGAAUCAGAACGACAAAGGUUGAAAGAAGAAAUCAGAGACGGAAGAAGAAGCAUAAGAAGAAGAAGAAGAAGAAGAAGAAGAAGAAGAGGCAUGGGCGUGGAUUACUACAAGAUUCUUCAGGUAGACCGGAGCGCCAAGGACGAUGACCUCAAAAAAGCAUAUCGGAAGCUCGCCAUGAAGUGGCACCCCGAUAAGAACCCCAACAACAAGAAAGAAGCCGAAGCCAAAUUCAAACAAAUCUCCGAGGCCUACGAUGUUUUGAGUGAUCCGCAAAAGCGAGCAGUGUAUGAUCAGUACGGAGAGGAGGGGUUGAAAGGUCAGGUGCCGCCGCCGGGUGCCGGUGUGUUUCCGGGGGGGACUGAGGGCGGACCGACGUCAUUCCGGUUCUCCACUAGGAGUCCGGACGACAUCUUCUCUGAGCUUUUCGGGUUUUCGAGUUUUGGAGGUAUGAGCGACUUCGGUGGUGGGUCACGGGCCGGCGGGUCCGGGUUUCCGAGGGGUAUGUUUGGCGACGAUAUAUUUGCUUCGUUUAGAGGUGGAGGUGGAGAGGGCUCCGGGAACGCACCGAGGAAAGCCUCGGCGAUAGAGCGCACAUUGCCGUGCAGUUUGGAGGAUUUGUACAAAGGGACUACGAAGAAGAUGAAAAUCUCGAGGGACGUCAACGAUUCCAGUGGGAGAACCGUCACAGUGGAGGAAAUUCUUACAAUUGAGAUCAAGCCGGGUUGGAAGAAGGGAACAAAAAUCACCUUCCCAGAGAAGGGACAUGAACAGCGAGGUGUCAUACCAUCAGACCUCAUCUUUAUUAUUGACGAGAAGCCUCAUAGUGUCUUCAAGAGAGAUGGCAAUGAUCUGAUAGUUACCCAGAAGAUAUCUCUUGUGGAGGCUUUGACUGGUUAUACAGCACAGCUGACAACCCUCGAUGGUCGGAAUCUGACGGUUCCCAUCAACUCCAUCAUUAGUCCAACUUAUGAAGAAGUUGUUAAAGGAGAGGGGAUGCCAAUACCAAAGGAACCUUCCAAAAAAGGGAACUUAAGAAUCAAAUUCAACAUCAAGUUCCCGACCAGGCUUACUUCAGAGCAGAAAUCUGGUAUCAAGCGAUUAUUAACGGCUCCGUAGAAACUGGUGGUGGCUCUCCCUACAAUCUUCCAAAACUUGUGUAAACUUACAUCUGUUUCCUCUACUGAUUUACAUGCUGGAAAGAAAAUUGAUGCUUUUGCUGAACUGAGGAUUUCACAAAAACAGUUGUCAGUAGUUGAAUAUUGUUUAUGUUUAUUUUCUUUUAUUGAAUCAUCUUUAUUUGAGUGGUAAA